CAUACAUACAUGCAUGUAUACCGACAGGAAAAAGGAAAAAACGGCGAAAUUAUAAAACGAAUAUUUAACGUUAACGGCGUGAGAAGAAAAGAAAGGGGGGGUUCAGGAAUUUCAUAAGAAUUUCAUUUUUUCAUUCCCCCUCCAACCCCUAACCCCUUUUUAUUUCUUGCCUAUCCCCACAUUAAUCCAGAACACCAUAAAAAAAAAGAUUUUUUUUUUUCAAAAGGAAACCUGGGAGAAAAUAAGAAAUAGAAAAGAUGCACAAGCUCUUCCCCCGCAGCGGCUUCUUCGACUUCGAGACCGUCCGCAUCCUCGGCACCACAUGCUACGGUGGCGCGGACGUGGCCGAGGUGCUGGAGGCGGUGGGGGAGAUCCGGUCGGACGACGCGGCGUCGUGGGAGGAGGCGUGGCGCAGGCAGUCGUGGCGAGCGGAGGCGCUGGCGGAUGAGGCGCGCGACACCGGCGACCGCGACGCCGCCCUGCGCGGCUACCUGCGCGCCUCCAACUACGCCCGCGCCAGCGGCUACAUGUACGUCUCGAGCCCCAGCGAGGACGAAGCCGCCGGUGGCGACCUGGUACAGGACCCGCGGGCUUUGCCUGUGGCAGAAAAGGUCGGCAGGCUCUUCCGCCAGGCCCUGCCCCUCAUGGAGGGCGAGGUGCGCGUUUUGCAGAUCCCCUACAACGAGUACGUCCUGCCCGGGUACCUAUAUCUGCCGCCGGCUAGCCGGCGGAUUCCGGGGCGAGAGAAGAUUCCCGUCCUGGUGAACACCGGCGGCGCUGACUCCUGCCAGGAGGAGCUGUACUAUCUCAACCCGGCCGCGGGGCCGGGCAUGGGGUAUGCGGUCCUCACGUUCGAUGGCCCUGGACAGGGCAUCAUGCUGAGGAAGUACGGGCUACAGAUGCGUCCUGACUGGGAGGCUGUCACAGGUUCAGUCAUCGAUUACCUCGAGACGUAUAGCGGGCAGCAUCCCGAGUUGGAGCUCGACGUGAACUCCAUUGCCGUCUCUGGCGCGUCUAUGGGGGGGUACUACGCCCUGAGAGCGGCUUCUGAUCACAGAGUGAAGGCUUGUGUUUCUAUUGAUCCCUUCUAUGACAUGUGGGACUUCGGCACCGCGCACGUCUCCCCCCUCUUCAUAUCCGCCUGGACCUCCGGUCUCCUCAGCUCUGGGUUCGUCGACAAGCUCAUGUCCAUCGUCUCCCGCUUAUCCUUCCAGAUGAAGUGGGAGAUCUCCGUGACGGGGACCAUCUUCGGGCUGUCGUCGCCGUCGCAGAUCCUGCUGAACAUGAAGAAGUACACUCUGAGCAGCACCAGCACCGGCAAGGACGACUCCUCCACCACUGCUACAGACAGCUUCUUAUCUAGGGUCCGGUGCCCGGUGCUCCUCUCCGGCGCAGGCAAGUCGCUGUACCUGGACGCGGCGAGCCACACGCGCAAGUGCUACGACGGCCUUAUCAAUGUCGCGGCCAAGGAUAAGGAGGUGUGGGUGCCGGAGAGCGAGGGCCAGGGCAGCCUGCAGGCGAAGAUGGGCGCGUUGGCGUUGGCUAAUCAGAAGACGUAUCGGUUUCUGGACAAGGCGUUUGGGAUCAAGAGGGAGCCACUGAAGGUUGCGCUUCAUGACUAAAAAUAGAAAAUGUAUACAUGUACCUUGUUUUAAACGAUCUUUCGAUGGUAAUUAUUAGGCUGAGCUUGUAAAUUUUGGUGAAUUUCGGUACAAUUAGGAUCGAGUUGAUAUAUACCUAGGUAAGGUUGACAGUUUCACAUUUAAGUAGAAUGGAGAAUAUGAUCAUGUUAUCAUCGAG